CUUCAGUCAACUUUUGCCUGUAAAAACCCAUUGAAUCAUGACAUCUAUUGGUACAGGGUACGAUCUAUCAGUCUCAACAUAUUCGCCCGAUGGACGCGUUUUCCAAGUGGAGUAUGCAAACAAAGCCGUCGACAACAGCGGAACGGCUAUCGGAUUACGUGUGAAGGAUGGUGUGGUAUUAGCAGUAGAGAAGCUUCUUCAAUCCAAAUUACUGGUCGCAGGUGCCAACAAACGUAUUCAGAGUGCGGAUAUGCACAUCGGUAUUGCGACAGCAGGUCUGCUUGCUGAUGGACGUCAUGUUGUAAAUCGUGCCCGUGAUGAAGCCCAGGCCUGGAGAGACAUUUACCGACAACCCAUUCCCGGCAAGACCGUUGCAGACCGUCUUGGACAAUAUGUCUCGGCACACACGCUUUAUUCAAGCGUACGACCCUUCGGUGUAAGCACGAUCGUUGCUUGUAUGACGGACAAGGAACCUUCAUUAUAUAUGAUUGAACCCUCCGGUAUAUAUUGGGGCUACCGAGGAUGUGCGGUUGGCAAAGGUAAAUCGGUAGCAAAGACAGAAAUCGAAAAGUUGAAACUGGACGAGAUGACAUGCCGUGAAGCUGUGAACGAGAUCACACGAAUCAUCUAUACAUGUCACGAUGAUGCAAAGGACAAAGAUUUUGAGUUGGAGUUGAGCUGGAUCUGUGCGGAAUCGUCUUAUGUUCAUAAAUUUGUACCAAAAGAUAUCAAGGAGGAAGCAGAAAGAUUGGCCAAACAAUCCCUGGAUGACGAAAUGGAAGAUUAGAAAGCCAUCAAACCUACCGUUGCUUGAAUAAAUACUCAAUGUUUAUAACGCUCAUUAACUCCUCC